CGCGACCCCUCACUCCGUCAAUAUGGUUCACAAAGUCCUCUUCUGGAGCGGCUUCGGCAUUGCCGUCCGACUCUGGCAGCUCGGCAUCGAAAUGCGUCCUCUCUUCGUCAAGGAAUCCCUCUGGGCGUACCCCCUCUUCGCUGGUAUCGGUGGCAGUUUCGGAUACUGGAUCCAGGGUGUUGAACAACGACAACUCAAAAUCCUCGCACAGCAAAAGGAAGCUAUCCUGGAGAAGCGCCGGCGACGAGACGAUGGUGCUCUGAGCAAGGUGGAAGAGGCCGGUACCUUAGCUGCGACGUCAUAAAGUUGGUGGUUCAGUUUCGCUUGUGUUUAUAUCAUAUCAUAUCCGCCUCUUUUUUUGUGUUCGGUGAAUAGCGCGUGGAAGGACGGGUUGUCUUCCCUCGUGAGGGUUGGAAGAUUCAAUCUGUAUAUGUACCAAAAUGCAAUGGUUAAAAUUCGCUAUGGUGACAAUUCCGUGUUCGAUAGAGUACUGCUAUUGAAGGAUGUGUAGGGAAGGGUUAAAGCGAAUUGGCUUGACUGUGAUUCAAUAAAUUUUUAGUGCUUUCAAUUCCUUAACGUGGUUUCUGCUGAGUUUACUGAGUGUUCCAGUGAACCGGCAUAAUUAGCAUACUCCUAGCGUAGCAGCACAGGUUUACGGGUGCAAUCAAUGUAUAGACAAUCCUGUUAUCUGGGGGAGACAUGAUAAGGGUUUUAGAUCUAGGGUUUCUAUUGUUACUAGGGAGGAAAUAAACGGAAUGUA